AAAUCCCCGAGUAUUGGAGUUAGUGAUGGUAGUAAACCAACAUGUGCGUGCUGGGAAUUAAAUCCAUCUCCUUCACAAGAGCAACAAAUGCUCUUGCCUGCUGAGUCAUCUCUCCAGCCAUUAAAUAAAUUAAUCCUCAUGAACAAUAAAUAAGAAUGAAAAUGAGGGGGCUGGGUUCAAGUCCCAGCAACCAUAGGUGGCUAUAAUGAGAUCUGGUGCCCUCUUCUGGUGUGCAGGCAUAUAUGUAGACAGAAGAACACUGUAAAUAAAUUAAUCUUCGAAAAAAAUGAAUAAAAAUGUUCAACUUUGCUCGGUAUGGUUGAGGCAGUGCACACGUUUAAUUCUAGCACUCGAGGGGUUGGUGAUUUAGCUCUGUGGUAGAGCGCUUGCCUAGGAAGCGCAAGGCCCUGGGUUUGGUCCCCAGCUCCGAAAAAAAGAACCAAAAAAAAAAAAAAAAAAAAAAUUCUGGCACUCGAGAGGCAGAAGCGGGAUGUCUGUGAGUUUGAGGCCAACCUGGUGUACAGAGGGAGUUCUAGGACAUCAGAGCUACACAGAGAAACCCUCUCUGGAAAAGCAAAAGAAAACAACAAAAACAACCCCCCAACCCACCCAAACAACAACAAAAACAACCCCCCAACUCACCCACUCCCCAAGAAAAAGAAAAGAAAAAAACCCAAACAACAAAACCCUCACUGCCUGCUGGAUAAGAUGGUGCAUACCUGCAUUUCUAGCACUUGAGAGGCUGAGGCAGGUGGAGGUUGCAAAACCAAUACCAGGUCAGCUAGGAUUACACAGUGAAACUCCCCAAAAUAAUGUUGGGCUGUACAGAUGGCUCAGGGUUACUAGUACACAGUGCUCAUGCAGGCCAGGCCUGUGUUCAAGUUCGGUUUCCAGUACCCCUGUCAGGUCCACGGCAUUGGGCAUCUCUGACCACCUCAGGUAGCUGCAGUCACUCACGUGUACCUACCCACAGACAGACGCAUAAACGUAAUUUAUAAAACAAAAACAAGCCUUCAAAAAUGAUAACGAAGCAAAUCUUGUUAAACCCGUGAAGGUGAUUUGUUUUCUAAGCUUUUUAUUUGGGGCUUUUGUAUGUCUUUUGUGAAUUGUUUUGAGUUGAUGCUACAUACAGAGUGUCAAGGAGACUUCCUUUCUGCAUAGGAAUGUCCGAUUCCCCCUGGAUUUUUUCCUCAAAAAGAAAAGAAGAAUGAGAUCACCAAGGGCUUCAGUGUCCUGUCCUUAGCUUUAAGGAGACAUUUUCUUCCGGGGUUGGGGGGUUGGGUGCGGGUGGGGGUGGGGUGGAGGUGGGGGAUGGGGGGUGAGGAAUCUUCCUUGGGCGUUCUCUACAGUACUACAACUCCCAGCAGACAGCGCGCGGUCCGUCUUCCAGCCAGGAGGGGGAAACCUGGACUGCCGUUAGUUCUAAGGCGGAGCGCAGCCAGAGACUGGUGCGAAGACCCACUCCUCCUAAAGUAGCCUCAAUACUCUGGCCUCCGCGGAGGCUCCGCAAACUUAACAGUUCGUCCCUGGUAUCUGGUUGGCCUCUUGUCUCCUCACCUCGUUGUUCCGGUUCGUCCCUGGUAUCUGGCUGGCCUCUUGUCUCCUCACCUCGUUGUUCCGGGUUUCUUUUCAGUUUCCCGCGGAACAGUCUCUUGAAGACAACCAACCGCGGCCGAGAGUGUUGCAGUCUGGCCAACCACAGGCGCGGUGGGCGGUGGCCGGGACCGAGUGUUGGGCUUCAGGCUAAGGAGAGACAACCUGGCCGCGUUGUCUGGCUCCUCUGGCCGAGGAGCGUCCGGCGUAGUGCAGAAGUAGUUUCUUGCGAUUAGGGUGAAGGCACCGGUGGGACCAGCCUCCACCCAUCGGAAGACCCCUUCGUAACGGUGAUCUACCUCGGCGACAAUGUCCAGCCAGAUCAUUCCAUCCCUCCCCAAAACAUUUUCCAGUAGCCUGGACUUGUGGAGGGAAAAGAAUGACCAGCUCGUUAGACAGGCUAAGCUGACUAGGGAUUCUCGUCCGUCUCUGAGGCGACAGCAAUCAGUCCAAGACACACUGGAAGGGUUUAGGGAGCUCCUCCUCACUCUUCAAGGCCUCCCUGCUGCUGUUCCUGCUCUGCCCUUGGAGCUGACUGUCACCUGUAAUUAUAUAAUCCUGAGGGCCAGCCUGGCCCAGGGUUUCACUGAAGACCUUACUGAAGAUGUUCAAAGGGGCCUAGAAAGAGUGCUGGAGGCCCAGCAUCAGAUGGGGUCCAAGUCUCAGCAGGGACUCAAGGAGCUGUGGCACUCUGUCCUCUCUGCUCCCUCCCUUCUGCCGGAGCUGCUGCCUGCCUUACACUGCCUGGCCAGCCUUCACGCUGCCCUCUGGAUGAGUACCAAUCACCUCGGGGACCUGACCUCACUGCUGCAAACCCUAAAUGGCAGCCAGACUGAGACCUCUGAGGACCUGCUACCAUUGCUAAAAUCCUGGAGUCCUCCAGUUGAGAAGCUACACGCUCCACUGAUUCUGCAGGAUGCGGAGAGUUUAAAGGAUGUCCUUCUGACAGCAUUUGCCUGCCGACAAGGCUUCCAGGAGCUAAUCACAGGGAGCCUACCCCAUGCACAGAGCAGCCUGCAGGAAGCAGCCUCAGGUCUGUGUCCGCCAUCGGUGUUAGUCCAGGUGUACACGGCGCUGGGGACGUGUCUCCGUAAGAUGGGAAGUCCACAGAGAGCACUGUUGUACUUGACUGAAGCCUUGAAAGUGGGAACGACCUGUGCCCUUCCGCUUCUGGAAGCUUCCAGAGUAUAUAGGCAACUGGGAGACACAGCAGCAGAGCUGGAGAGCCUGCAGCUACUGGUUGAGGCCUUGAGUGCCACCCAUAGUUCUGAAACAUUCACACGUCUCAUUGAAGUAGAAUUGCUACUUCCACAACCUGACCCAGCCUCUCCUCUCCAUUGUGGCACACAGAGCCAGGCCAAGCACCUGCUAGCAAGUCGAUGCCUACAGACGGGGAGGGCAGAAGCAGCUGCGGAGCAUUACCUGGACCUGCUGGCAAUGUUGCUGGACGGCUCAGAGCCUAGGUCCUCCCCACCCACCUCCGCUCUAGGGCCCUGUAUGCCGGAGCUAUGUCUGGAGGCAGCAGCAGCAUUGAUCCAGGCAGGCCGAGCCUCAGACGCUUUGACUGUGUGUGUGGAGCUACUCAGCCGUACCUCAUCUCUGCUUCCCAAGAUGCCCUCCUUGUGGGAAAAUGCCAGCAAAAGAACCAAAGAACUGCCAUAUUGCCCAAUCUGGGCCUCUGCCACUCACUUGCUUCAGGGCCAGGCCUGGUCACAACUAAAGGCUCAAAAAGAGGCACUUAGUGAAUUUAGCCAGUGCCUUGAGCUGCUCUUUCGGGCCCUGCCUAAGGACAAAGAGCAAGGAGCAGGCUCCAACUGUGAGCAGAAAUGCAUGUCUGAUGUGUCACUGAAACAACUUCGAGUGGCUGCUCUGAUUAGCCGUGGACUGGAAUGGGUAGCCAUUGGCCAGGAUACCAAAGCCUUAAGUGACUUCCUCCUCAGUGUGCAGAUAUGCCCAGGCAAUAGAGAUGGUUCCUUUUACCUGCUUCAGACUCUGAAAAGAUUGGAUCGGAAGAAUGAGGCCUCUGCUUUCUGGCGGGAGGCCCAAAGUCAGCUGCCACAGGAAGAAGCUGCCAGGUGUCUUCCACUGUAUUUAGAAACCUGUUUGAACUGGAUCCAUCCUCCUAACUGUGAAGCCUUUUUUGAGGAGUUUGGGACUGCGGUGUUGGAGUCUUGUGACCUUUAGCUUCUUUGUUUCCAGGAGCUUGAACUUUGGCCUCUGUGGACUCUCCUUGGGGAGGGUUUUGUUUUUUGUAUUUUCGUUUAUUUUUUUUCUGCCUUAUCUUCUUUGGAGAAUGGCUGGAACUGAUUGUCUCUAAGUAAGUCCUUCACUCAUGAGACUGGUCCUGUGAACCUUGAUCUACUUACUACCAGUCUAGUUCCAUGAACAAAUCAUUGUCUGUUCAUGGUAGUUUCCUUCCUUCCUUCCUUCCUUCCUCCCUCCCUCCCUCCUUCCCGCUCCCCCUCUCCCUGUUUUCCUUCCUUCCUUCCUCCCUCCCUCCCUCCCUCUCUCCUUCCCUCCCUCCCUCCCUCCCUCCCUCCCCCUCUCCCUCCCUCCCUCCCCCUCUCCCUGUUUUCCUUCCUUCCUUCCUUCCUUCCUUCCUUCCUUCCUUCCUUCCUUCCUUCCUCUCUCUCUCUCUCUUUGUGUUGAGGAAAAUCUUAUAUUUAUGUCUUAUCUGCCCACUGCACACGGUUGAAUGGAAGGCAGGCUCAGGUGAACUAGUUGGGUAUUGGCCAUCUAAGAUGCUCAAUUUCCUAUCUCUGUCUUCUGCCUGCCUUCCCUGUCUCCCUAAUUCCCCUCUCUCUGGUAGGUUGGCUUCUGGGGACUAAACUUCAGUUCCUCAUAUAAGUCCCCAUUCCCUGCCUUUUACCCCCUUUACCAUCUAUCACAGAGCUUGAGGUAUGAGUCGGAAGAAAAGGCUACAUUAAUCCUUCCGGAGAAGCAGUGGCUUAGUCCUUUUUAAGUUAUUAUUAAAGUUUUGAAUUGCUUAUUUUAA